AUGCCACACGUAGACCCUAUUCAAGAAUGGAAGGUGAUCGGUGUCGUCGGUGCCGGGAGCAUGGGCUCCAUGAUGGCCUUCGCAUUCGCUGAAUUGGGACUGGAUGUUUCGAUUUGGGACGUUGCAGGAAAAAAUGUCGAUAAAUUGCUGGAAAAUGUCGAGAAAUCACGAGAAAAACUCCAGGGAAAAAUUAACGGCUUCAAAAAGAUCGACGAAUUCAUGACAAGCCUCGAAGGCAAGGGGACGCGAAACUUAUUCCUCUUUUCAAUCACACAUGGAGAACCUGCAGAUUCGGUGUUGCAUCAAAUGAAAGGAAAAUUGAAAAGUGGCGAUAUCAUUCUAGAUGGUGGAAAUGAGUAUUAUCGUCGGACAGAGCGACGCCAACAGGAACUCAAGCCCCUUGGAGUAAGCUGGAUUGGAAUGGGGGUGUCCGGUGGCUACCAGUCUGCUCGCCGGGGACCAAGUCUGUCUCCUGGUGGCGACAAAAAGGCCAUUGAGCAGGUGCUGCCAUUAUUGGAGCUCUAUUCUGCCAAAGAUAAGAAGACCGGCAAACCAUGCGUGACUUAUAUUGGCCCUGGCGGAUCCGGUCAUUAUGUCAAGAUGUGUCACAAUGGUAUCGAAGGAGGCCUUCUAUCCACAACAUGUGAAGCAUGGGAUAUAAUGCACAAAGGUCUUGGUAUGAGCUACGACGAAAUCGGCGACAUUUUCAAGGCAUGGUCAAGCCAUGGCGAAUUAAGAAACAAUUUUCUUCUCAACAUCGGAGUUGACAUUUGCCAUCGAAAGAAAUCCGCACAAGGGGAUGGCAGGGGUGAAGGCGUUGAUCCGGCUGGGGGACAUGUAUUAGACGAUGUCCUUGACAAGGUAGUCCAAGACGAUGACAACACAGAAGGGACUCCACUAUGGUCAAUCAUGGAGUCUGCUCUUCGACACGUCUCUAGCCCUAGUCUAGCUACGGCACACUAUAUGCGUAUCGCUAGUGGAAACAGGAACCAACGAGUUCGCGUCGCUAAGAAGCUUGAUUUACCCGAGCCAAAGCGGAUCGACAUUAAAGAUAAAAAUGACUUUCUAGAGCAAUUGCGCCGCGCCGUGUACGCUUCGUUUCUCUGUUCUUACUGUCAAGGUCUAGAACUUAUCGCGCGAGCUUCUGCCGACGAACGCUGGGGAGUGGAUCUCGGAAAAUGUAUUCAGAUUUGGCGAGCCGGUUGCAUCAUACAAUCUGAAGCUAUCGCCGAUAUGUUGCAGCCAAUCUUAGCUCAGGACGUUCAAAUCAUGAAUAUCAAAUUGAUCGAUGAAGUUUCACGAGAUCUUCGCAAUAAUUUCGAGUCUUUGAAAGAGGUUGUUCUCCGUGGCACUGAAUCGGAUGCGUGCAUCCCUUCACUGUCCGCGUCGUUGGAGUACUUGAAGUAUGAAAGUAGCACAAAGUUGCCUACUCAAUUCAUGGAAGCGGAGAUGGAUUACUUCGGGGCUCAUGCAUACAAUAAGCCGUGCAAGCCAGGUGAGGAUCCUGGGCCGGUCAAAAAAGGGCCGCAUCAUUACGAGUGGAAACCAGCAUGA